AUGCCAGACGCCAUCCACGGCGCUCUCUUAACGUGCGAUAACCCUCCCAUCAAAACCUUCAUAGAGGCUUUGAACGAUUCUUUACCUCAGGAGGAAAGAUUCAUCGUCUCCGCGAACAAAACGUUGGACGAGAAACAUCUGUUGAUUCAACGCGAACGCGUUGCAUUCGUCCAAUCGAAAGUGAAAGAGUUCACGGAUAAAAAUCAGUACUCGGCGCCGAGAGACGGGUCGUGA